AUGUGGCUGAAAGUGGUAUCAGCUUGCGUUUUAUUAACUGUCAGCCAAGCUGCUACCAAUUAUCCCAAAUCUGUGGCCAAAAUGGGGAAAUUAGUGAGCUCCGCGUUGACUGAAGACAUUUUAAAUUGUGGAUUUGAUCGAUUCUACCUAGCAGUGAAGGGAAAACGCAGCUUUAAAAACGCAACUGACGGUAAGGAGUACAGCUUGAAGAAUUAAAUUUGUUGAAAGGACAAAUUUUAAACUGAACGUUAUAGAUAUAAUUGCCAAUUGUAAAAGCAAACUACUCAGCCAGUCGCAGUUUAUUGGGCCAGCCAUGUCGCUGAGUACAAAGUUGCAUAACACAACCGCCUUUGUCGACGAGGUCGUUGUAGCGUUGGAAUCUCAAUGGAAAGGUUUCUUUAUUACGGUAAGAGUCGGAUUAUGACUAAUCAGAGAGAACUUCGAUUUUAUUUCAAAUAAGGUGCAAGGCUGCAUGCUUUGAGGAGCGGUCCAGUCAGUUGGCUACUGUUGCGCCGUUUGGCUGGCGAUCCAAUUUGAGAUUCAGCCCAAUGAGUGGAGGUUUAAGACUGACUAAAAUUGACCGCUAAGACGGCUUGUCCUAAAAAAGGUCGUUAAAUCACUCGAUUGUAUUAUUUUCAACAUGCAAUCUUAUUUUUUGUCGCCUUUAUGACAACAUAAUAUUAUUAACGCAUGGAAAACGCUUCUUUUUUUUUAAUUUCUCUGAAAUCUUUUUUCGUAUUUCACGUUGUAAGAACCAUUUCCGGAAACACUGAUCAUUUCUUAUAGGUCAAGAAGCUGAACAUUAAGACCCCGUCCCAAUUUGACAACAAAUUGUCGAGCAAGGUAAGUGAUACGGAAGAAGAAGAAGAAGAGGGUGACUCAUGCAUAAAGAUGCCCCUUUCCCGAUAUCCAAUAUCUUUUUCCAGAUAAUCACCAAACCCAAUAUCAAAAAUGUGUUCAAAGCCAUCAAGAAGAAGGUGAGCAGUGCUGAUUGGAAGUCCCUGGUCUCCACUUUCGGCGGGGUCCUCAACUUUUCCCGUUUUGGAUUUUGA